ACCACCAGCACCCUCUCCGGCGCAUCCUUAGACGCCUAUCAGUCGCAUACCGCCACCUCAUCAGCCUUGCCGACGGUGGGGAUGGCGCCCGGGGCCCCCCGCCCAUUCCCCACGGUGGACGUCCCCGACCAUGCCCACUACACCAUCGGCUCCGUCAUCUUAGCCAUUGGCAUCACCGGAAUGGUCGGCAACUUCCUGGUCAUCUACGCCUUCAGCAGGAGCCGCAGCCUGCGCACUCCGGCCAACAUGUUCAUCAUCAACUUGGCUGUGACGGACCUGCUGAUGUGCGUCACUCAAGCGCCAGUGUUCUUCACUAGCAGCAUGCACAAGAGGUGGAUCUUUGGGGAAAAAGCGUGCGAACUGUACGCCUUCUGUGGCGCGCUGUUUGGGAUCUGCUCCAUGAUGACGCUGACGGUGAUCGCUGUGGACCGCUACUUCGUCAUCACGCGCCCUCUCACCUCCAUCGGCGUGCUGUCCCGGAAGCGGGCGCUGGCCGUCCUGGCGGCCGCGUGGGCCUACUCGCUGGCGUGGAGCCUGCCGCCCUUCUUCGGAUGGAGCGCGUACGUGCCGGAGGGCCUGCUGACGUCAUGCACGUGGGACUAUGUGACGUUCACACCGUCGGUGCGCGCGUACACCAUGCUUCUGUUCGUGUUUGUCUUCCUGCUACCGCUGGCGGUCAUUGUCUCGUGCUACGUCUUCAUCUUCAGGGCCGUGCGUCGCACCAACAAGACGGUAGGCAAGAUGAGCAGCAGCGGCCUCACCCACGUGUCCUCUCGCGAUUCGGUCAAGAAGUUCAACCGGCUGCAAAACGAGUGGAAGAUGGCUAAGAUCGCCUUGAUCGUCAUCCUGCUUUACGUUGUCUCCUGGUCACCGUACUCAACUGUGGCGCUCACCGCUUUUGCCGGAUACGCAGACAUCUUGACGCCCUACAUGAACUCCGUGCCUGCUGUUAUCGCUAAGGCCUCCGCCAUCCACAACCCCAUCAUCUAUGCCAUCACGCACCCAAAGUACAGGGUGGCCUUGGCCAAGUACAUCCCGUGCCUCGGAGCGCUCCUGUGCGUGCGUCCUACGGACCUUCGCUCGGCCAGUAGCAGUUUCGCGUCCACACGGCGCUCCACAGUCACCAGUCAGAGCUCCGACAUCAGCGCGCACUUUAGGCGACACAGCAAGAGUCGACUGUCCUCGGCGUCUGACAGCGAAUCGGGUCUGACAGACACGGAGGCGGACUUGCCCAGUCUGAGUUCUCGCCCCGCUAGCCGCCAGGUGUCCAGUGAAAUCGGCAGAGACACGGCUGAAUUCUCCGAAUUCAAAACCUCGUCCAGCUUCAAGGCAAAAAUGAAGAAUCAUGACUCGGGCAUCUUUGAGAGGACGUCUUUUGACAUGGAUAUUUCUACGAUUGAACGCGGCAGCAUUCCAAAUAGCGCCGACUCCGGCGACGUCCACGUGGGCAGAAACGCGCUCACCCGCAUCCCGAGCAUCGUCAUUACCUCCGAGUCCAGCCCCUUCCUACCUGUCGGACGCGCCGGCUCGCAUUCCGCUCGCGCCAAGGCCACCUACAGCAGCACGAAAGCGGGCUCCGGCUGA